AUGUCCACCCCCGCACCCCCUCGAUACCCCGACACCAACCUAUUCAUAACAGGUCACACCCCCAACAGUACCGCAACAUUCUUCACCAAAACCCAGCCCGAAUCCACACCCGUCGGCGACGGCGCACACAUAAACCCCCUCUAUUCCAACCCCACCUCACCCGCCGACAUAACCUCCACCACAAUCGCCGCCCCCGACCUCAUACACGGAACAACAGGCUCCUUCUUCACAACCUACGACAUCCCACCGAACUACAUUGGUCCGCAACACCGCAGCGUCACGGUUGAUCAUGUUGUCGUGCUGAGGGGCACAGUUGUGCUUACGUUGGGGGAUGGGGAGAGGGUGGAGCUGGGUGAGGGAGAUACAGUUGUGCAAAGGGGGACGAUGCAUGCUUGGAGUAAUGAGAGUGGGGAGUGGGCGAGGUUGGUUUCAGUUAUGAUGCCCGCGAAGCCGGUUGUUGCAAGUGGUGGGGAAAAGUUGGGGGCGGUUUGGCCGUUUUGA